UGAGGCUUUGAUUUGAGUCACUUAACUUAGAUUUCCGAUUAAGAAACCAUAAAAGCAGGCCAUGCAUGACGACGUUCACGACGCAUCGUUGCCGUUUUGCUGAUGAAACUUCUCGGUCUAUCUCUCUUGGCUCUAGCUUCUCAAGCUGGCCUUUCUGUGGCAGAAAGUUUGGUACGAGAGCCACAUUUUUGGUCUCCAAAGAACAUUUACAUUUCCGUUCUGGUCCCUGGUGCUUCACACACAACGUGGGUCCUGGAAAUCGGCCAGAAACUUGCCGCCCGUGGUCAUAACGUCACUUUUAUUGGUAAAGACGAUGGUGCCAAGAUUGCUCAAAGUUAUCGGGGCAUGAACGUCCUGUCUUUGGGUGCACCUAACGAAUUCCAUUCCGAUGAGGACAUGAGGCAAUUUUCGGAUCGUCCGCAAUCUGCUCUCGAAUCCACCAAGUUAUAUUUCCAAGCCUUGAAUGCCGGAUUCCGCAAGGAUUACUUGCGGUUUGGUGAACUUAUCAAGGCUUCUCGACCUGACUUGAUGAUAUGCGACGUUUUGACGGACAGCUGCAUGCGUAGCGCCGAUGAACGUGGUAUACCUUAUGCGAUAACGUCCACCGUUGCCGCGUUUCCAGAUGCCACUGCACCAUUUAUGAACUCUGUCUUCUCCUCAGAACCAACUACAGAGCGUCAAUCGAUUUGGACAAGAUUCUAUAAUACCUAUGUCGCUGGUAUGUUACUCAUACCUCACCUGGGUCCAGUCUUUGAAGAAUUUACAAGCAUACGAGAGGAAUUGGGGAUCUCGUCCGCUAAGGAAGUCUUUGCUCCUAAAGUUAAGGAAUCUGUUAAGCUGAUCAAUAAUUUUUACGGCUUGGAAAUAGCAAGAGCUAUCGGCCCUUUGAUCAAGUUCGUCGGGCCUAUCAUGCCAUCCUCGUACCCAGAAAUGGAUGCAGCUACGUCGGACUUCCUUACCUUACACCAAAAAAUCGUCUAUGCUGCAUUUGGUCAUCACAUUAUUCCUACGGCUCAAGAAUUUGAAAAAGUACUUGUUUCCUUGAUUGACUCUGUCGAAGAUGGCACAGUAGAUGGCUUCUUAUGGGCGACUGUGCAAAUGUCCGACUUUCCAGAAAAGAUCGUCACUUCUAAAGGCACACAACUCAACGUCACGGAAAUCCUCCAGAAUCCUCAGAAAUAUCCUCAUUACAAGUUCGUUAAAUGGGCCCCUCAGUUCGCUAUUUUGUCGCAUUCUUCAACAGCAUUGUUUAUGACACAUGGUGGUGCAAAUUCUAUUUUCGAAAGUCUCUACACUGGGCAGAAAAUGCUUAUACACCCUUAUCUCGCUGAUCAACCUGCCAACGGACAAAUAAUGGCAGAUGCUGGGGUGGCCCUGGUCAACAAUCGCUAUAAAGUAGCUUCCAAGGAUAUUGCUGAAAAAAUUCGCACGCUUGUUCAAGAUAAGGAUGGUUUCUUUGCAGACAAUUUGAGACGCAUGUCGGCACUUGCUCAAUUACAGUCUAUUGAUGCAGUGGAUAGAGCAGCAGCUGCGGUCGAGGAAAUACUAUUCACGUCCAAAGGCGACUCUCUUCCUCACCUCAUCCCACCAUCCAGCAAAAUGACUUAUCUGAAAGCCAACAACAUUGAUAUUCAGAUUUUACUUGCUACCUGUGUUGUCUCCGUGGUUGCUCUUGCUCUAGGUUUUGUUUACAUGCUGAUCAGAGCCGCUUUGACAUUAUUUGGAAAGGCGAAAAAAUCAAAAGUAGAAUAGACUAUUUAGAUUACUAUCGGCUGUCAACCAGUAUCCCUACUGUAUUAAAGACUGCCAAUGUUUGUGAGUUAUAAACUAUGAUGGGAUAAAAAAAAAGGGUAUAGCGGUCAUAUGGAAAUGAUAUGUUUAUUCUCAAAAAGCUGAAAAUACUCAUUUCAUUUACGCCAAGACCUAAGACGUAGAGCUAUCAUUCAUUAGUAUUGAAAUUUGAACAUUUGUGUUUUCAGCAUGUA